UAAAACCGAGAUGUCUGCCAACGGAAACAGAAAAUCCAGGGUUUUCACACACUUCACGAUAUCAGUUCUUAUCGACAAUCCAGGCGUUCAAAAUGGUGACCACUUAUAUAUACCAGUUUGUGAUGAAUAUGUGAAGCCGUUUGUUAGUCAAGUCUUCAAGUCUGAAGAAGAUGCAUUUCAGUUUUAUAAGAAAUACGAAUAUUCGUCUGGAUUCGAUGUUCGUAGAGAGUCCUCUAAGAAGGGGAAAUAUGGUCAAAUUAUAUAUCGCCACCUCGUGUGUGCCAAAGAAGGGAUUAAUCUCGGCACACAUGAUGAGAUGUCUGACGCACAGCCGAAGAAAAAAAAGAGACGUUGGAAGCCAUCUACAAGGAACACAUUUGCAGCUACACUUAGAUCUUCAUGA